AUGACGACUGGCAAGAAGCUGUUGAACAGUCCCGAAACGGCCGUGGUGGAUGCGCUCAAGGGUCUCGCUCUCACAUAUGGCCACCUUCAGCGCCUGGAGGGAUCACCGCAGAUUAAGGUGGUCAUCAACAGAAACCACGACAAAAGCAAAGUAGCUGUGAUAUCAGGCGGUGGCCAUGAGCCCGCGCAUGCGGGGUAUGUGGGGGAGGGGAUGUUGGCGGCGGCGGUGUGCGGGGAUAUCUUCGCGUCCCCCUCCACGGAGGCGGUCCUGGCGGCCAUUCGGGCGGUGACCGGGCCCCCGGGCUGUCUGUUGAUCGUGAAGAACUACACGGGCGACCGCCUCAACUUUGGUCUAGCCAUCGAGCAGGCGUUAUCGGAGGGUUUGCUCGUUGAGUUGGUUGUGGUGGGUGACGACGUGGCCAUUGACAGCCCCUCUCCGCUGACGGGGCGGAGGGGGCUGGCGGGGACUGUGCUGGUGCACAAGGCUGCUGGCGCCGCCGCUUCCCGGGGCUUAUCCCUCCGGGAGGUUGCUGACGUGGCCGUACGAGUGGCGGCGGGUAUUGCCACCUUGGGUGUGGGCCUUACGGUGUGCACACUGCCCGGGAAAGCCACCUCAGACCGCUUGGGUCCAGACGAGGUGGAGCUGGGACUGGGAAUUCACGGAGAACCCGGCCGUACAAAAGAGUAUCCGCCGCCGGCGGCGGGAGAUCUCGUACGGCGCAUGCUCGUACAACUGACGAGGGGGCCGUUUUUCCGCUUGAGGGCCGAAGGUCCACGUGUCGUACUGCUCGUCAACAACCUGGGCGCCACAACCCCCCUGGAGAUGUCUGUCGUCACGGGGGAGGCGCUGACGAUGCUACGGCGGGAAUACGGGGCAACCGUAAACCGUUUGUACGUCGGGCCGUACAUGACGUCUCUUGACAUGGCGGGGGUGUCAUUUACGCUGCUGUCGUACGACUUGGACGAUGGACAGAGCCCCAAUGGUUGGGACGAGCUACUAGAGCUGCUGGACGCGCCAACCACCGCACCUGGAUGGGUCACCACGGGCGCUGCCGGGGAGGGGGCCGCUGCACCGCCCCCGCCUCCGCCUCCGCCACCCCGGCCUGGCGAGGUGUUGGGUCGGGCUCUGCGAGCCGCCGCGGAGGCCCUGAUGGUUGUGGCUCCGGAGCUUGAUGAAAUGGACUCCAGGGUCGGUGACGGAGACUGCGGGACCACUGUGGCUGCGGCCGCCGCGGCCCUCCUCCGGGAGCUACCGGAGGGGGGAGGGGAGGGGGGUAUUGCCGCAUACGCCCCGGCAGUGGCCAAAUGCGUACGGAAUGCGGUGGGUGGUAGCAGCGGUGCCUUGUACGACAUCCUGCUGACCGCCGCAGCCAGGCAUCUCAAGGUUGGUGUGUGUGUGCGUGCUUAUGUAUGUAUGUGUUCGAGUUCUCCCAUGUACGAUGUCUCGCCGAAAGACUGGCUGGGCGCGCUCUCGGCCGGUCUGGCUGCCGUACAGAAGUACGGCCGCGCGGACGUCGGCUGUCGUACGAUGCUGGAUGCGUUGCUGCCGGCGCGGGAUGCGCUGGCCACCAGCCUGGAGUCGGGCGCCGACGCGGCGGCGGCAGCGGCGGCGGCGGCAAGCGCGGCGGCAGCGGGCGCUGAGGCGACCCGUGGCAUGGCGGCGACGGCGGGACGAGCGUCGUACGUGCCUGCGGAGGUGUUGGCGGAGGUGGCGGAUCCCGGGGCCCGAGCGGUGGCGGUGUGGUUGGGAGCUGUCGCUGAGUCCCUGAGGCCCUGA